AUGGCGCCGUCUCGAGACUUCGCAUCCCAUGAAACCGGGGGCUCUAGUAGCCUGCCGAGUUCUGUGCCAGUGCUUAUCGUCGGCGGAGGUCCAACUGGAUUAUUGCAGGCGCUUCUCUUGUCCCGGCUUGGAGUUCAAUCAUUGAUCAUUGAGCGUUACCCCGAACGCUUGGCAGCUCCCAAAGCUCAUGCGAUUAACCCCCGAUCUCUGGAAAUUUUGCGUCAAUUUGGUCUAGGCGAGAAACGUGUGCGUCAGCUAGGCACUUCGCGAGAUGAUAGCUCCAAGGUCAAUUUUCUCACUAAUCUUUGCGGUGACACCAUCGGGACACUCCCGUAUGAGCGCAUGGAUCCCGCAGUCCUGGAUGACACGCCAGAGAUGAUCCAUAAUAUCCCUCAACCGGCCUUGGAACAAGAACUAUCCAAUUUCAUUGCAAAGGAUCCCAACGUCACCUUGAUAAAGGGAUUCAGUAUCCAUGCUGUUGAACAGACUGAAAAUGAAGUGCUAGCGACAAUCGAGGAACGGUCAACUGGGCAAUUGCAUCAAACAAAGUCGCGCCAUCUUAUUGCUUGCGAUGGCCGUAGAAGCAAGGUUCGCGAACUGCUCGGUAUCGACUCUGAGAGCGAAGAUACAGACCAGACCAUGAUGACAAUUCAUUUUAAUGCGAAUCUGCGACCCGUCGUUGGCGACCGUGUCGGCAUGCUCUAUUGGAUAAUGGACCCCGUAGCUGCGGGCUUCAUUAUCGGUUAUGAUCUGGAUGGAAACCAAGUACACAUUAGCCAGGUAGAUGUCAGCCAGCACCCAGUGGAGUCGUGGACGGAAGAAAUGUGCAGAGCCAAAAUCCGCGGUGCCAUUGGUAAAGAUGAUGUUCCGUUUGACAUCUUGAGCUAUCGGCCCUGGGUCUUUCGGCGUCAGAUCGCUCUCACGUACCAGGAGGGGAAUAUUUUCCUGGCUGGAGAUGCUGCUCACUCGUUUCCCCCGACUGGUGGACUAGGCCUGAACUGUGGUCUUGCAGAUGUACACAACCUGGCAUAUAAGAUUGCUUUGGUCCAUCGAGGCGUGGCAAGUCCAUCUAUCCUCUCGACAUACACUGCGGAACGACGUGGUGUUGCGGAUUCCUAUUCGAAGCAAAGUGUGAAAAAUGGCAAGGAAAUAUUUGCACUAUUGCGAAGUCUCAAGACCGCCGGUGUUGAGGACGUUCUGCAGGCGCGAGAAAAUAUGAUGGCUGCGUUGGCAGAUCCCACGCAACGCAAGGAAAUUGAGGCAGGCAUUGAAGGACAGAGAGAACAUUUUGAUAAUCUGGAACUUCACAUCGGAUAUGUUUAUGGGGCUAGCAAGCCCCCAUCUCAUGCUUCAUAUUAUCAUCCGAAGUUCGUGCCCGGCGCACGCUUGCCUCAUGCUUGGAUCACUUUACCUGAUCAGCCCUCGCUAGCAACAGAGAUAGCCAGACCUCGAUCGCUGCCUAAAGAGCCAGUCGAUGUAUCCUAUGUCAAAGAGCUCAGCAACGAUCAGAUCCAAGCGUGUCAGUGGAGUACAUUGGACCUCUGUGGCCCCGACUCCUGGACAUUGAUUCUGGGACAGGAACAACAAAAUUCCCAUAUUGCUCCAUUGCAAAAGCACUGUGACACGAUUGGUGUGUCACUUAAUAUCUGGCGCCUCGGUAUAGAUUUUACACUAGUCAGGCAAACCUGGUUUGCUGACGCGUUGGCCAGCGGUGGAGGGAUUCUGAUUCGCCCUGACCAACACAUUCUGACAAGAAUUACACCCGACAUAACUGGUGGAGAUAUAGUCGCACAGGUAAACAAGCAUCUUGGAAUCUCAACGGACUAG